AUGGAAUGGGGAGUUCUGGUACGAGCGACAGAUGCCCAACCGGAAUCGCUAUCCCGAACGUCCAGUUGGAGCUCGACCGAAGGUGAUGUGACCAACCUGGACAUGGCAAUGUUGAAGUAG